AGAUGAAGAAGCAGACCGUGAGCUAGCUGUAGUCCGCUAGAUCAUCUGACUUACUCUACAAGUGCAGACCUGUUGUUUCGACUUCACUGUCUGUAAAACCGUGCAAAACCGGUGCAAAAGUAAAACCAUGGCUAAAGACAUUACUCUGUACUGGGGAUCCGGCUCUGCUCCCUGCUGGAGGAUCAUGAUCGCUCUGGAGGAGAAGGGUUUGCAGGGCUACAACCAAAAACUGCUCUCCUUUGAUAAGAUGGAGCACAAGUCUCAAGAGGUUUUGAACCUGAAUCCUAGAGGACAGCUUCCAACUUUCAAACAUGGGGACAAUAUUGUGAACGAAUCAUAUGCAGCUUGCUUUUACCUUGAGGAUCAGUUCAAGUCCCAGGGGAAUAAGCUGGUCCCAGACACCUCUGCUGACUUGGCUCUAAUGUACCAGCGCAUGUUUGAGGGUCUAAACCUUAAUGACAAAAUCAAUGCGGUGAUAUAUUAUGAGUAUUAUGUUCCUGAAGCAGAGAGGCUCGAUUCUGUGCUGAGGAAACGCAAAGAUGAACUGGCCACUGAACUUAAGCUGUGGGAGGGGUAUUUGGAGAAGUUGGGCUCAGGUUCUUUUCUGGCUGGUCAGCAGUUUUCUCUGGCCGAUGUGACUGUCUUCCCAGCUGUGGCUAACCUCAUUAGAUAUGGGUUAUUGGCCGAUCGUUAUCCCAAACUGGCACAGUACCAUGCUCUGCUAAAGGACCGACCCAGCAUUAAAGCCAGCUGGCCCCCACACUGGCUGGAGAACCCAAAAGGGCAGGACACACUCAAAGACGUCUAGAAGUCAAGAGGAAGGAAACAAGCAUCUCUAGUAGAAAGAAUUUGGUCAUAUGAACAUCACGUAAUUUUACAAUACAAUAAUAAUGUACUCUAAACUACUAAACAAGGCUUUACCAUUUAAUUUAGAGUUUAGACUUUAAGCAUUUGCACUAUUGAUAUUAUUGCACUAGUAUAGAAGAAGGCGGCCCUUCUAUAUGCCUUAAAAUGUUUCAAGUUCACCACUUCAAAUGCACUUAUGUAUGGCCUUGUAGCUUAUCAUUUCAUUGUACAGAAAUACAGCCAAGCUUUGGAAAAUA